AUGCCUCGGCGUACAGGGCGCUCAAUCGGACGCAACGUAUGGAUCGAAUUCGCCUCCGAACCUGGCGUCGUGCAGGGCGGACUCAAAGCCGCCGAUAAUCUCACACAGCGCGAGUUCCUUGAUAUGCUUCACGUGGUGUUCCGUGCCGACGACGGGGGAUUCCAAGCACGCCUGCUAGGAGGUUCAGGUUCUAUGCUAUCGCCAAUCACUGCCAUUGAGCAGCCUCUGGUGCACGGGCAGUAUGUCCUUACGCCGCUAUGCCCAGGACAGCAGAUGCGGAUAAGUGAUGAACGCUUCUAUUACCGUACCCGCUCUAUGACACACUCAUCAGAAUCACGGGAAGACGAAGAUGAUGCGUUCGUAAACCAGGUGCGGCAUCGAGAUAAACGCUGUGUCGUUACGGGAAAUCUGGCUGCUGCUGCGAAUAUCGAAGCCGACUAUUACCAAGACCUCUUGUCAAACGGCGUUUUAUCAAUUAGAUUCACUCAUCGUUGUGAAUUCGUAUUUCCUGUCGUUGUCAAGUGA